AUGUUUGCCCUCCCAAUUAGCAUCAUAACUGCUACCACAAACCAGACGCCGUGGUUGAAUAUCAUCCCUGAGUACAUCUUUGGUAUCAUUUACUCCGGAAGACCGAUUGCAAAUGUAUGCUUCAAAACCUAUGGUUACAUAAGCAUGGCUCAGGCUGUUUCGUUCCUUAGCAAUUUCAGGCUCGGACAUUAUAUGAAAAUCUCCAAGGUCAAUGUUCUUAUUGCAGUUCAUUGGUACAAUGCUUGCUGGAACUAUCAACAUUUGUGUAGCAUGGUGGCUGCUAGAAUCUUUCAAAAACAUAUGUCAUGA